GCCGCCAUCGGAGAUUGCAGUCAUGGCUCUGCGCUACCCCAUGGCCGUGGGCCUCAACAAGGGCCAAAAGGUGACCAAGAACGUGAGCAAACCGAGGCACAGCCGCCGUGGGCACCUCACCAAACACACCAAGUUCGUGCGGGACAUGAUCCGGCAGGUGUGUGGCUUUGCUCCCUAUGAGCGCCGUGCCAUGGAGUUGCUCAAGGUCUCCAAGGACAAACGGGCCCUCGAGUUCAUCAAGAAGAGGGUGGGGACACACAUCCGCGCUAAGAGGAAGCGGGAGGAGCUGAGCAACGUCCUGGCCGCCAUGAGAGAAGCAGCAGCCAAGAAGGACUGAGCCCCUCC